UUUUUCUUUUCUUUUUUUCUUUCUCUCUCUUUUUAUAUAUACAUUGAAAGUUAUGAAACCAUUAGAAAUAUCAAAACCUACAUUCAAUUCUCCUCCUACAGUUUGUAAAAUAUGUCUAGCGAAGGAUGACUUAUCUGCUCUGAUAUCCCCCUGCAAAUGUUCUGGCUCCAUAAAAUACGUUCAUCCCAGUUGUAUGAAAUCCUGGCGAUUGGCUUUAUUGGAAUGUGGAAGGGAAAAGGAUCUUUAUAGAUGUACUCUUUGUCAACAAAAACUCAUUAUCAAACAACGCAAUCCUCUUCGUGCUCUUUUGGAUUAUAAAGUUGCUCGUGCCAUUGGAACCUUAUUUAUUCUCAUCUUAUGUCUGAUACCCAUGGGAUCUAUUAUGAAAAUGAUUAUUCAUUUCUCAGCACUUGUUACUAAUGGACCUGAAGGUGGAUACAGUCAGGCCUGGAUGGAUGGAACCUUUCGUCAAUUACUUUAUUCCAGCAUUCGUACCGCCUUUUUAUCAAUGUUAUCCAACACUACACCUUCAUCACAUUAUGUCAAUUUCUCACCAUUCCCCAUUUGUGCGGCAACCAGCAGCACCAAUCAUCCUUCCAUCACGUCUACAUUGGGCAGUUUGUUUUCUUAUUCUUCGUAUGUAUCUCAUUCACUUUUGGCUAGUCGUACGCUUUACUUCCUUACUUUUCCAUUUUCGGACGAUCGACUAUGGCGGUUUAUGCUAUGUCAAUUGGAUCAUAUUCAUCUUGGGUUCUUUUUACUUGGAAGUAUAGCAAAUAUAUGGUAUACCUGUCAUAUCCUUAGUGAUAUGUUUGAUAUUGUCUUUAUGGGUGAUGAUAUAGAACAAUUAAACAAUAAUGGUUUUAAUAGUGCUAUGGGAUUAGGCAUGAUGUUAUCUCGACAAGGAGGGAAUAUUGCAAAACGACUUUUGGUGACUUAUUGUUGUGCAAUCAUCAUCUUAUUUUGGAUUCAUUUUACCUUGUUAGUGUUUGUUGUAUCAGAAUCACCUGCUAAUCAUUAUCAACAUUUACAAACAUCCAGUCAAUUUAUCACCGAAUUACCUUUAUGGGGAUUACGGUGGGCUACUGUAGGUGUAGCUGUAGGAAGUGUCAUGAAGAAAGUCAUCUAUCCUUGGCUCAGUCGUCGUACAAGCUGUAUUGAUCAAGAAAUCGUUGUGUCUCUACCCACCCAUUGAAACCUUCUUUUUAUUGUAGCACUAGUUCUUUGCAUGAUUCCCUCCACACACACACACACUAUUUUGUAUAGUAUAGAUAUCAUAAUUUAUCCCAUCCAUUAAUAAACUCCAAACCAUUUAUAACAUCGAGUAGAA